GGAACCAAAUUCCUCCACGAAUAGAGAGACAGAGAAGAGAAGGGGGGGUUUAGAAAGAGAAAGCUUAGGAGUAAUGGUGUCUAGGUUUUUGAUCUGCACGUUGAUCUUCGUUUUCUCUCUCAUCGUUUCAUCGUUUGCUUGGAAAGAGUCCGUUCUGAGUCUAGAUAACUCCAACUUCUACGAGACGGUUGGCAAGCACGACUUCAUCGUCGUUCAUUUCUACGUUCCAUGGUGUGGCUUCAACAAUAAGUUUGCUUCAGAGUAUGAGAAAGCUGCAACUGUACUGAGUGGCUACGAUGCUCGAAUCACCCUAGCAAAAGUUGAUGUCAAUGAAGAAAAAAGCGAGGGACUUGCAAGUGAAUUUAAGAUUUCAAGUUACCCAACAAUUAAGAUCUUGAGAUAUGGAGGGAACCAUGUUCAAGAUUACCUAGGACCUCGGGAUGCUGACGGUAUUGUUGCUUAUUUAAUUAAGCAAAGGGCUCCUCCUCCUGAUAAAUUAAAAUCCGGAGAAGAUUUAUAUUCAGAUAUGUACCUUGGUAUUCCUCUGUCCCACUUUGAUCCCUUAUGAAAAUUUAACUUUUCAAGGGGAGACUUUUAAUCACUAAACUUGAAUUUAAAUUUUAAAAUAUUAAACUUAAAA